AUGGCUCACCGCGGCGAGAGUCUUCACAAAGAUGUCUGCUGUAUUGCAGACAUAAAGGAGAUCGCAGGCAAGAAGCUUCCCAUAAUGUACCGAGACUACUAUAAUGGAGGUGCAAUGGACUUGAUCACACUGAAAGAAAAUGAAACCGCCUACGACCGCUACAAAAUCCGACCUCGCAUCCUAGUCAACGUUGAAACCGUUGACACCAGCACAGAAUUCCUCGGCACCAAAGUGUCACUUCCUUUCAGUUUCGGUCCCGCAGCCUCCCACAAGCUGGCACAUCGAGAUGGAGAGCUCGCGACUUCUCGCGCAGCAGCCAAAUAUAAUAUGGGCAUGGGUUUAUCGUCAUACGCUACCUAUUCGUUGGAGGACGUCAUCGAGCAGAGUCUUGGAAAUCCUUACUUCAUGCAAAUGUGCGUGUUGAAGGAUCGCUAUAUUACGAUUCAGUUACUUGAGCGUGCAGAGAAGGCUGGGUACAAAGCACUUUUCCUAUCUGUCGACGUGCCAGUAUUGGGAAUGCGGUUGAACGAAUAUCGAAAUGAGUUCAGAAUUCCAGAGGAUAUGACUUAUCCCAACAUUCUCAGCAGUGGAGGUGAUUCAUCUGAUCGGACUGAUUACGACCCAACUCUUGAUUGGGAGACUGCGAUCCCUUGGCUGCGAAAAAACACAUCGCUUCCAAUCUGGUUGAAGGGAGUUUGUUCUCCCGAAGACGUUGAGCUCGCUAUCAAGCACGGUAUCGAUGGAAUUGUGAUCUCCAAUCAUGGUGGUCGACAACUAGAUGGCGCUCCAUCUACCCUUGACGCUCUCAGAAUCUGUGCUCCUGUUGCUCGAGGACGAAUCCCAAUCACGAUCGAUGGAGGCAUCCGUCGUGGGUCGGACAUUUUUAAAGCGUUAGCCUUGGGGGCCUCUCACUGUUUCUUGGGAAGAAUUCCAGUCUGGGGUUUAGCUUAUGACGGCCAAGACGGAGUGGAGCUGGCAAUCAAGAUCCUUCGCCAAGAACUUAAGAUUACCAUGGCGUUGGCGGGAUGUCGUUCUAUCAAAGAGAUUCAACCCUCAUAUCUCUCUAUCCUACAACCAAAUGGUAUCCUUGCCAAGCUAUGA